UAAAGUUUUAUUCAAUGAAAUGUACUGUUCCUUCCCUCCCCGGCAGGUGGCAAUUUACCAACUAAGUGAAGCGAAGAAGAAGAAGAGACCCGGAAGAGAAAACGUUCUGAAGCGGGAAAGAUCAGCAGCAUGGCGCGGCAGAUGGGAGACAGCCAUCGGAGGUUCCUUCAGACCAUGAUGAUCAACGGCAUCACUGAUGAGCAUUCAGUGAAGGCGCUCUAUCAGUACUGCUGUGAAGUCAACAAAACACCUCAUGUUCCUGACAAACUGGAUGAGUUCAUUGAUACCAUCAACUCAAAGCUGCAGGCAAUGUUCAUGCAGAUUAGAAAAGGGAUGUCCGAGGUCGAUGGUCACCAGUACUACGUCUUGGUGAACAUGGCUGAGACCAACAUCACAAGGAUGUCUUCAGAUUAUGCUGACAAUGAGCUGGAGCUCUUCAGAAAAAUUGUGGAUCUGACCGUGUGUUCUGAGAACGGAAAGGUGUCUUCCACCGACAUCCUAAACAUCACUGACACCAUGACCACCAAAAAACUGAAGAAGAGCGAAACGGAGCACCUCCUUAGCCGACUCGUGCAGGACAAAUGGCUGUGUGAGGAACGUGGAGAAUACACUUUGUCCGCUCGGUGUAUUAUAGAGAUGGAGCCGUAUAUUCGUACCAUGUAUCAGGACCAUCUGAAAGUCUGUCACAUCUGUCACAGCCUUGCCUUUCAGUGUCAAAUCUGUGAGAAUCCCACCUGUGGAAUCAAAAUUCAUAAUCCAUGUGUGGCGAGAUACUUUAAAAGAAGAACGGAGCCUCGGUGUCCGUCCUGUGAUGACUUCUGGCCUCACGAAAUCCCAGAAGUGAGAUGACUUCAUUGUCGGUCUAAGAGAUGAGGAUCAUAACAACUGUUUCAGACUAGUUUCAUUUGUAUGUUAAUAAAGCACA